GCUUGAUGUUAAUGUCACAGGCAGAAAUAAAAUCUGUCCUCUGGGUGUUUCAUUUUUUAACACAUUGUACUGCUAAUGAGUCUGACAGCAGGGAGAGAGAGAGAGAGAGAGAGAGAGAGAGAGAGGCAGUGAGGGAGGUAGAGAAGGAGGGAGGAGGGUGAGUUGAAGAGGAGGAGCAGAGUGGUGGAUUCAGUCAGUCGCUCAGUGGAUCGGAGCUCAGAUGGAGGUUUGUUCUUGUGCUGAGGAGAAUCUGACGGUAUGACGACGACUUCCUGAGAGAGAGAGAGAGAGAGACAUCCUCCCCUCAGUUUCCACGGUGACGGCAUCCCUCCAUCCUCCUCUACCUCCUCCUCCUCCUCCUCCUCCAUUAUCUCUCCGUCCGGCUGCUGUCGGCUCGUCGGCGUCAUCAGGAUGGGAGAUAAAGGAACCAGAGUGUUUAAGAAAGCCAGUCCCAAUGGAAAGCUCACAGUCUAUCUGGGGAAGAGAGACUUUGUGGAUCACGUGGACCUAGUGGAACCUGUUGAUGGCGUCGUCCUGAUCGACCCCGAGUACCUGAAGGAGAGAAAAGUGUUUGUGACUCUGACCUGUGCGUUCCGUUAUGGUCGGGAGGAUUUGGACGUCCUCGGGUUGACGUUUAGGAAGGACCUGUUUGUGGCUAACAUCCAGGCGUUUCCUCCGCUGCCAGAGGAGAAGAAGAGUCUGACUCGUCUUCAGGAACGCCUGAUUAAAAAGCUGGGAGAACAUGCCUACCCGUUCACCUUCGAGAUUCCUCUGAACCUGCCGUGCUCAGUCACUCUGCAGCCUGGACCAGAGGACACUGGGAAGGCCUGUGGAGUCGACUUUGAGGUGAAAGCUUUCUGUGCUGAAAACGUUGAGGAAAAGAUCCACAAAAGGAACUCUGUGCGUCUGGUGAUCAGGAAGGUCCAGUACGCUCCAGAGAAACCUGGUCCUCAGCCGACGGCAGAAACCACCAGACAGUUCCUGAUGUCGGACAAGCCUCUGCACCUGGAGGCCUCUCUGGACAAAGAGAUCUACUACCACGGCGAGCCCAUCAGCGUCAAUGUCCACGUCACCAACAACACCAACAAGACCGUCAAGAAGAUGAAGAUCUCGGUGCGACAGUACGCAGACAUCUGCCUCUUCAACACGGCUCAGUACAAAUGUCCAGUGGCCACUGAAGAGUCAGAUGACGUCGUAGCUCCCAGUUCAACUUUCUGCAAAGUUUUCACCCUCACUCCUUUUCUGGCCAACAACCGAGAGAAACGAGGCCUGGCUCUGGACGGAAAGUUGAAGCAUGAGGACACCAACCUGGCCUCCAGCACGUUGUUGAGAGAAGGAGCCAAUAAGGAGAUCCUCGGGAUCAUCGUAUCGUACAAAGUCAAAGUGAAGCUGGUGGUGUCGCGAGGCGGGCUCCUGGGAGAUCUGGCGGCGAGUGACGUCUCUGUUGAGCUGCCCUUCACAUUAAUGCACCCGAAGCCGUUAGAAGAAUCCAUCUACAGAGACGCUCCAGAUGAAGCUCCAAUCGACACAAACCUAAUCGAAUUUGACACAAAUGACGACGACAUCAUCUUCGAAGACUUUGCCCGUCAGCGGCUGAUUGGGGCAAAAGACGACAAGGAUGAAGACGAGGAGCCGGUGGACUCGCCCAAACUCAACGACAGAUAAAGGCGACGAGUGUCACCACUGCCGCCACUGCUGCUGUUUCGCUGCCGUUUGUAGUGUGGAGCUAACGGAGGUCACCUUUAGAUCUAACCACAGUCUGGACACCCUUUAAACACUCGGUGGUGCCGUGUUUGUGUUCUCGUUCAUGUUCGUCCUCUCUCUGCGUCCUGCCGGGCUGUAAAAAGCUAGAAUACCACAGCCUAGACAUCAGUUGUGUUUUCAGACGGAGCAGCUGUCCACUCUCGUGCCGGCUGAAGUGUUGAACCAGCGGUCACUGUAUCUUAACGACGGCUGGUAGCAUGCCUCCAAUGUCACUUUGUUCUACAUGUUUCCAUUAGGGACCGAGCAGGAGUAACGUUGUGUUGAGAUUAGUUUCGAUGUGUCGUAUCAGAGGGUCUUUAUAAACAACAACACUGCCAACGUUGGUUGAUCUGGAACAGUUCGCCACCACCUCGAACCACAACAUGGACUUCAGCUGACGGAGGUUUGUUCAGGAACCUCCACAGUCAGUCUGGAUGUGGACGAAGCUGCAGAGCUUGAGGAAACACCGGAGGAGGAGUGAUCUGCAGGACGUCCCGACUCACCGAGAGGACCUUAAACUAUCACAGAGAGAGAGAGCCAAUCAACUGAGAGGAACUGGUUUGCAUGAAAUACAUCAAUACUUGAUAUGAUUUAUUAAUGUCAUGAAUAAUCAGCCUUUACAGAGAACGGUCCUGAUUUUAAAGGAACAUACACGUUUGUUGUUGAUGUUUUCAUGUUGAUCAUUUUCCAAAUCAUCCUCAGUAUUUUGAUGAAUUGAGCUGCUGCAGCUUUCACCUCAUCUCUGAAAAUCAACUUGCAGAGAGACGACUGUUUUUAUUCUGACUCUGUAGCACAACUGAUAGUUCCUGAUGUAAAUCAACAUGUUGACAGUUUGAAACUGGAUUUUACUGAAACAAACUUCUUGUUCAGCUGCUUGUGUUUGGCUUCUGUUUUUCAAUUAAAAAUCAUAAGAUCAUAAUCAAACUUCUUCAUAUUUCUCAGAGUAAGGCAUUGUAAAAAGUAUUGCUUUGGUAUCAAUCUAAAGUGUAUCAGUUGUUCACUGCUCCCUUUUAAACUUCUCCUUUAUAACAAAGUUUUUUUAAAUCUAAAAGCAAAUGAUAGAUUUUACUUCUGACUCUCAAGUCUCUGAGACAUGAGUGUCCUUGAACGCACCAACAGGGAGAGUUUUCUGCUUCAUGUCCACAUGAUGAUAAGGUACCUCUGUCUGAGGAUGGACUCUCUCUGCUGGCUGAUUCAAAAAGAAAGAAAAUCAUUAAAAAAAAAAGAUUGAUGAUUUGGAAAAUGAUCAGUGAGGAUGUGAUGUAAACAAGACGUAUUAAUCAAAUAAUGAUUGAGAAAAAAAGCCAAAAAACACCUUUAAUGAACAAAUAUUAUUCAUGUAAUGCAUCAGGAGACUUGAUGAAGUGUAAUUACCGAGCAUUUAUUUUACAAAAUAAAUGUUUAAUCUGAACAUUCAGAGUAAAACAGUGACAUACCUCCAUGUGGAGUAGGUGCACAGGUGUGUCAUUAGAAACUGUGAUAAAGACGAGUCACUCUACCUGAAGAGACUGAACAAAUCCAUUUUUUUUUCAUUGUAACAUGACAUUACAGGAUUACUAUCAAAAUCACGCAAAAAUAUCUUUAUUUCUCAUAUUAUUUUAAUUGGCUUUUAUUUUGACAGGAUCAGGAGGAAACCUGUAUAUUCCAAUGCAUCUUUAAUAAAAGGAAGUUUGUGGCAACUUGUGUGUGUUUUGGCUUCAUGAUAACAUCAAAAAAUGUCACAUAUAUAUGUAUAUACAAUACAAUACACGACAUGGUUCCUUUUUUUUAAUUAAAUGAAAGAAGAGAACACCUGCUAAGAUGUGAUUCCUGAGGGAAUCAGGUAUGGCUGCUGGAGGAGGCAAGAACCUGGAGCCCAUGGUUGGAGCUGCAACUGCAGUUCCCAGAGUCCUUUGGGGAGUGACGUCAGCAGGAAGCGUGACGGCCUGAAGUGUGUCGAAGAGCUGAACAUGGGCCCGGGUUGUUUACAUUACGAACAGAUGAUAUGGCGUUGUUUUCUAAAGACUGAAUCUUUGCUUUCAUGACGUUAAGUGCUGAGUUAACUUGAGGAAGAAAGUACGGGAUGGAUGGUUCAGCACAGGAGCCAGGUUCCUCUUUCUUUUGGAGGAGACACUGUCUGCUGGUCUGGAAGACGUGGACUGAGGAGCAGUGUGCUUCUUUGCCGGAGCUUUACCCUUUCUUUUGGGAGGAGCGAUGUUUGGAUGUCGGCACUGGAAUUUAAUUGUUGGGCAUCAGCAGAGUUUUCGUGAUUCAAAGGGGAUUCGAAGAGCUCCUCAUGACUAAGGUCCGAUUGAACUGUGAUUUCGGGCGUAUAACUCCUUAAGGAUGCGGUGUGGCGAGGCGUUUCCGAAUGGUGUGGGAGCUCCGCAGUGGACGAGGGGCCUCCGAUUCAUUCUCGGAGCGGACCUUGGCGUGAUGAACCUCUGCAUCGGGAAAAAGCCAACCUCAUCCCCUGAGGAGCGAGACUCACUCUCCGAAUGGGAGAUGGGAAGAGACAUCGCGAUCAACAGAACUAAAAGGAGGAGAAAACUGCAUCACCCGAAGAGGACAACAAAAGUAGUUUGUUCUUAAAGAUGUUCAGAGAUGUGUAAGACUUGAAUAAGCAUAUGUGCUCAUUAUUACAUUAAAUUUGAGCUGAGAGAACAAAACAAAGUCUCUCCGAGUGGUCAAACAUCUGUCAUUAUCUUUGCUGUGGUUUGUGAAAUGUUGUAAAGAACAGAAUCAAUAAAGUUUUGUCACUUAA